UCACAAUUGAUCACUGAAAAGCCAAAAAUGUUAUCAUCGAGUGAUAGUGGUAAAGGCGAAUCACUGAAUACUCCGAAGAGGUUUCAAAAAAAAUCAUUCAGCGCCCUGAGUGUAAGUUCAACCAAAAGAAAUUUAUUUAAAUCGGAUGAACGAGACAAGCAUGUUAGCCAUGGAUCGGAAUCAGAAUCUGAUCUGGGGCCAAUGUCACCGCUGGCUGUUACGGAUAGCAGCUGCGAAAGUUCACCAGGUCGACAAUACGAGUCGCCCUUUACUACACCCGAAAAGUCACCACGUUUUUUAAGUCUCACAUGGGAUCGACUUCGUCCCGCGUCUUGCACUCGUGAUAGCAAUAGCUUGUCACCGUUCAGCUCUCUCAGAAGAUUAACUCGCAACGCACGCUCGACACCGCGGCGUCGCUUUAGCUUAAACUCACCUAGUAAAUCAUCCUCGGGCUCGAGCACACCGAGUCGUCGGCCUCUGUUUGACAAUGUCAUCCCCGAGACACCGAAAGACGCUAACACAAAUAUUCUCGAUGCUUAUAUAGAAGACGAAAUAAUUCCAGAGACGCCUCAGAAAGAUCCAAGCGAUGACACGCCACACAAAGAAAAUUAUCAUGAAGGUAAACUCAUAACUCCUCUUGGUUCUGUCUGCAAACAGGCAUCAAUACCACGCUUACAUAGACGUAAGUCUGUUUGUACGCAAGACUCUAUUGAUGGAUCCUCACCGGAGCCUCUUAAAGCUGCCAAAUUAGCAGCUACUAAGAGACAUUUUAAUGAGUCGUCAUCGUCGAUGCAGAGUGGCCUCAAGUUACUCAAGACUGAUGUAAAUUACACAAUACCUAAAGCAAGAGCUUCACUAUUUCCUGAAGAAAAAAGCACACCCCCGCAAUUUUCAGCACUUAGUACAAAAUCAUUUUACAAUAGCUCGAGUUGCGUUGAUCAAAAACGUCACUCUUUUGGGUUUGGUUGGCGACCUGCCGAAAAAGAAACUAAAAAACGUCACAGUUUGCCGUCCCAGAAAAAAUCUGGCUCUCGCAAAUCACACUUUGGUCAAAUAAAUGCUGGAGUAAGACAUGGAAUCAAAAGACCCAAAAUAAAACGUCGUCUUUCUCCCAAUAAAUCGCUUAGUAAGAAAUCCCCUGGGACGGUAAAAAAUUCAACAGAAACUACCGACUUACAGAAAAUUAAUCAACAGAAUGUUGAAGUUGACGUUCAUGUUGACGCUAAUAUUAAAAACAGUGACAAUAUUCACUUAGUUUUCUAUCAAGAGCAAAAAGAAAAUGAGCCUAUGGAAACAAAUGUCGAAUUAAUGGAAGAAAAUAAAAUUCCAGCGUCGCCAGUACGCGAGGAUCCUAACAAAAGAUUUUUUAAGACAAAUAGAACAUUAAAACCGCGUCAUGUUGCUACUGUUACUGUCAACGACAAAAUUAAAUUGAAGGUUUCAGAUGGUAAGAUUGCUCUCAACCAGAAAAAGAGUAAGCAUGUCAAAAAGAAGCCGAGGCUAGAAGAGGCACCAGUGACGAUGGACGCGUCUGAUUUAACGGUUGACGAGCCGGCUAUCGAUGGAAAGGCUAUUGAUAAAGACGUCGUAGAUUUGUUGAAAGUGUUGGAGGAUGAUUGGGCUGAUGACGAGUAUGAUACUAUGGAGAAUCUAGCGCUGGCUAAUGUCAAUAAUCGAUCACCGAUUAAAGCCAGCCGUGGUGUUCGCGAUGACGGAAUUCUUAUGUCGCCUGCUAGUGUUCUCAGUUCCAUGACUUCGGAAAUGAAUAUUAAGGAUCAGGUUGUUCCUAAAGGCCAAGAGAAAUCUGAGCCUAUAAAUUCUGAAGCUAAUCAAAAAUUGUUUCCUUUGUUUACCAAAGGAUACUCUAGUAAUGUUGAAUUAUUUGAAGAGGCAAAAAAAACUGGUCGAGGUAUAAAACGUCCACAUGGAUGGCAAUUAUCGACAAAAAUCAAUGGUGGUAGUGAUCAAUAUCAAUUGGAUGUUGGACAGAAACGUUUUGGUACAACACAAUGUAAUGAAUGUGGUGUUGUUUAUCAAAUUGGUGAACCAGAAGAUGAAAAUGCUCAUUUGAUAUUCCAUAACAGUAUUCGAAAAUUACGAUUCAAUGGCUGGAAAAAUGAACACGUUGUAUAUGAAGAUGAAAUUACUAACAGCCGUAUUAUUACAAUAGAACCAAAUGACCCUAAACAUUGCUGGAAGAAAGUCGAAGAGAUCCUUGAAUUGAUCAAUCAAGAUUUAGGGUUAAAUGAUAUCGAGAUAACUAACUGCACGAAUAGAAAGAUUUACUUUUACAUACGAAACAAGUGUAUUGUUGGAGUGCUAGUUGCUGAAAGUAUCAAAGAGGCUUACAAAAUGAUACCUGAACUAAUUGAUUUAGAUUGUUGUGAAGAAACUCCAUCGCCUGCUAAAUGCGGUGUUAAUGUUAUAUGGACUGCUUUGAGUCAUCGUAGACAAGGAAUUGCUAGAAAAUUAUUAAAUAUCCUUAGAUCGCAUUACUUUUACGGUUACAUAAUGACCAUAGAUGACCUCGCAUUCUCAACACCCUCACUUGGAGGAAAAAUAUUCGCUGAAAAGUACACCGGAGCACGUAACUUCAAAGUUUAUCACUAA